UAAAUCCGGCCGGACCAUUUAGGCCUGCAACUAUUUAUUGGUCCAUAGGCAUUAGGCAUGCCUGUAUGUACGCAAGGUGUGCAGAGAAGCAGUGGUUUCCGCAUGCGAUAGGAUGAGCGAUAAACGAUAAACGAUAAUUAUCGCUGUUAAGUAAAUCGGUUAUCGUUAUCGUUUAUCGCUAAAUUUUCAAAAUUAUCGCUCAUCCACUUAUCGCAAGUUACAAAAAUUAUGAACGAUAAACGAUAAAAUGUAAAACGGGAUGAUGGAAAAUGGAAGACGAUCGACAGUGUAUGCUGCGCGACAGUAUGUGUGUGCAACCUGUUGCCAUCUGUCAAGUACCUACAGAUCUGUCAGACGGUCGACGGGUGUUAUAAAUUUGCGCGGCGGACCGGGCAGAGCUGCGAGUAACCCAUAACAAUAACCAGAUCAUGUCUGACAAAAUGGGAGGUCUGCCGAGCGGCGUUUACGCUGCCGAGGGCAUCCAGAAGCGCCGCUACCGCAAGGGCCGUGUGGAGUUCCUGGUAAAGUGGAGGGGCUGGAGUCCCAAGUACAACACCUGGGAGCCGGAGGAGAACAUCCUCGACAAGCGGCUGAUCGACGCCUUUCAGAGCAAGGAGAAGGAGCGCGACGGCGCCACGCCGAGCCGGCGGGGACCGCGGCCGCGCCGGCUGCGCGACUCCGAGGACCGCGCCUCGGCUUCGGAGCGCGCCGACGCCGAGGAGCCGGCCGAGCCGGAGCCGGAGGACGAGCCCGAGGAGAAGCCGGAGCCCGAGCGGCCCGGUAAACGACGCGCCGAGCUGCUCAACGAUGCUGGCAAAAUCGGCGUCACCAUCUCGACCACCGGUGCGCGCUCGCCGCCGGCCAAGCUGGCCAAGCUGUCGCCGCGCCGGGCCUCCACCGAGGCGGGCGACGCGCCGCCCAAGUCGCCCAAGAUCAAGAUCAUCCCGCCGCGUCCGCCGGAGCCGGCCGAGCGGAGCCGGCGGCGCGCCGAGCCGGCCGACGACCAGCUGGUGCUGCCGCCGUCCGAGUUCUGGCGGCGCGUCAACCCGCUCAUGGACCACAUCGUCAUCACGGAUGUCACCGUCGACUCCGGCACGGUCACCAUCCGCGAGUGUCCAACCGCCGAGGGCUUCUUCCGCGGCUCCCCGGCGCCGGCCGCCGCUGCCGCGGCCACGAGCCCCGCGAUUCCCGCGGACGCCGCCCCCGUGCCCGCGCCCGCCCCAGCCUCCGCCGCUCCCGAUACCCAGACGAACACUAAUGCCGAGUCGGGCCGGCAGCCUGCUUAGUGGCGUUGUGAUGGCUCCCGGUGGCUCGGUGGCCUCCCUCCGCUCUGCGUCGUGCUGUGUGUGCGCGGAGGAACCCAGUGGAGUGUGAGCCUUGUAUAUCAGUAAUCGUGAGCUAUUUUUGAUGAUUGUAUUGUGCGCAUAGUGGUUGUGUGAGGGCUCUUCAUCAAACCGGAUUGUUUGUUGCUGUCGCUCGCAUUUUUGAACUGUGCGUGUCAUGGUCACGCAAAAGUAUCAUGAACUUUCUUCGUUGUGCUUCUUUGGGUGCAUACAUUCGGAAGGAAUUCGACGUACCCCGCGCUGGCGUACCGGGGGUUGCGUAUUUGGGUGAGCGGUUCGCGAUCGUGGGCAGAGACACAUGCCAAUGAAAUCGUGCGAAAAUGUAAUCGAAGCUAAGCAAGUCAGUUCGCUGAACUAUGUGUGUGGUCUUUCGCUUGUAUGGAAGUAAGGUGUUCAGGGCGCCUGGGCUAUCUCGAAGGGAAUGCGUGGUUGGUGAAUUGCCUACCAUGGAAUUCGUGACAAUAAACCAGCUGUGUAUGAUGUAUCCGGCUGUCCCCGCCAGACUGGUCGCGAAGUAGGUCACCGGGAGGAAAGAACAAUGAGGUCGAGCGUCUGCCCACAGGCGCGGCGUGUACUUUGAGUUCGAUGUAUACCAUGCUAAGGCUGUAAGCGCCGCACUUGUACAAAAAGCUGCUAAUAAACUGUAUGGUCAUCAGCCAG